AUGAGUCUUCGCCCUCUGUCUGACGUACAACCAGGUCAGGUGAGGAAGAAAGAGAAGGAGAAAGUCAAACAGCAACACAGCAAGAAAGAGGCUGAGUACUGCGCGGAGUUCGGACCGUCUUCGGAUCUCACGCAUCAUUACGGUAUCGAACUUCAGCCGCAGAGACCCAUCUCUCCUUCCUACACAAACAUCUACUCUGUCUCCAAUAUGACAUCUUCUGAUCCUGUCGUACGCGUUGGUGUUGGUGUUUUCGUACUCAAAUCCACAAAAGAAGAUGCCAUCAACCCUCACUUCCUCAUGGGAAAGCGUCUCAACUCCCACGGUUCAGAGACUUGGGCUUUGCCUGGAGGCCACCUCGAAUGGGGCGAAGCUGUUGAAGAAUGUGCAGCGCGAGAAGUCCUCGAGGAGACCGGUCUUAAACUUCUCAGCAAUACUGAUGGCAGUCCGGCCCGGUUUCUCACUGCAACAAACGAUAUCAUGGUAGCUGAUCGAAAGCACUACAUUACCAUGUUCAUGGUUGCAGCCAGGGAUGACGACAAAGCCGAACCGCAACUGAUGGAGCCUGAGAAAUGCGAGGGCUGGGAAUGGGUUUCUUGGAAGACAUUAGAAGAAACGGCGUGGAAACAGAYCGCCGGCGAGGAGCCAGACAGGAAGCUCUUCACGCCCAUGUUGAGUCUGUUCCAACAGCGACCUGGCGUUGUUCCAGCUCUUCCUUGA